AUGGCUUUGGCAUUCCUGCAGUGCGAAGCAGGCACGGGCGGAGUGGACCUUGAAGACAGGUUCAAGGCUCUCGAGAUGAUGUUGACCACAGAGAUGGAGAUGGCCGUGCAGCCGCUUCGCGAUCGUGUCCAGGUCCUCGAAGAGAAGUUGGGCCUGGCAGAGAACCUGAGUGAGACCGACGGCUUGUCGGUAUCGGUUCAGGUCACUGUCGCCUCGCCUAAAAACAUGCAUGAUGUCAUUUCUAUGAAGGAGGAGGCCACGGAUAAGAGUCGACCAAGCUAUCUAAAGGUUCGUUCCGUGGAUUCCCAAGAUGUGGACGCUGUCACCGAAGAUGACAUGCAGGUGACCUUUAACCGUGACAUCUGGACCUACUUUGCGCUUGUUGGCCUCGGGAGGAUUGGCAGCUGGGACGCGUGCUUCACGUUCAUUCUGGCAUUGGUGAGCUUAGCCAUGCAGGCGGCGUUCGUCAUGAUUUUGAUGUCCGAGUUCUUCCUCGAGCGACCUUUCGAGGAAAAGGUGGAGCUUGCCAGAAUCUGGCGCACCAGCGUGGCCCACGACUCGAGGCACAUGGACCUCGCUCAGACUAGUCUCACCUCGCGCGUCUGCCGAGGGGACGGCGCUCUCAUCGUUUCCACGACCCAAGCAGAGCUUGUGGAGGAGAUCAACAAAUUCCUGGGUUUGGGCCUGGACGACUUUGAACCGAGCUCAUUCAGCCCAGGCACAAUGCUUAGCGUGCUUUGCAUCCUCCUGUGGUGCAUGCGCGUGUACAAGGACCUCAGGCGCAUGGGACUAGUCAUGGAGGCUUGGUCGUGGAUUCCACGAUCCGAUUACACCAUUAUGAACGAGAAUUUCGGCUUCACCGAACUCUCCGAGAACCGCUUCUAUGGCUUCGGAUCCAUUUUGUUCGUGUGCUUUGCCAUGGACUGCCUCUUGCUGGUUGCCGGGAUCCGUCUUCUAGCAUCCACCACAUCUAUCUCAUCGUUGAUACUCGAUGCGGUCGCGCUCCAGGCCAUCUUGGACAUCGACGACUUCAUGUUUCAUGCCCUGGCGCCCUUGAGAGCCAGAUUGCUUAUCCAGGGAUUGGAGCCCAUGCAGGUGAAAAUCAGUCAGAUCAGAAGCCAAGUCGAGUCCGGAUUGAACUUCUGCCUUCUCGCCUCUGCUCUUGUGCUGCCCUACCUCUUCAUGCUGGCCCCACUUGGCCUCUCCAUGCAAGCGGUGAAGUACGAGCUUUGUGGUGGAACCCAGGAGUUCGUAGUCGCUUACAAUCAGGACAUCCAGAUGACCUAUGCGCUGCGGACGCAGUCAGAGAGAGGCAUAGAGCUUCUUCCCAGCGAAGUGGCCGUGGAGGAGUUUAAGCACAGUUCUGAAGCCCUUCCUCGAUACAUGGUCUUCUCAGCGACCUCGCAGGCCUUCGACACGGACCAGGUCCGAACAAUGGCCGAGGAGGCUUCCACGUUCCCCAUCUGCUUCGAGACCCAGGUCCUGCAAGAGACAGGUCGAGUCUACCGGGAUCCUGUGGCCAUGUCACUGAUCGAGCCACGCUUUCAGUCCAUGGUUGCGAGAUUCGGCCGCAAUGCCACUACUUGUGAGGAGAUGCAGGACCUCUGCUACUUGCCAGAGGCACGGAUGCUGCGUUACCUUUGUGGUGCGACUUGCGGCUGUGCUUCCGCCGGAACCUCGACCUGGUACAAGGUUGCUCGGCAAGGGUGCUCCGAAAGCUGUCUGAAGGAGGCUGAGGCUGAGACGGCCUGUACGGAUGUCGCGGCCACAUCCGAAGGAUGGCGAUCGUUUUGGAUGAACUACGUGCCGGUCGUGUCCUCCUUCUUCGGUCAGAAUUUAGCCCAAGCAAACAUGCUGACGAUGUUGAAUCAGACCGUUCAGGCUAUGCUGAGUGAGGGUUGUCCCAGGCUUCUAGUCAACGACACCGAUUUUGUCACUUCCGUAAAAUGGUGCGAGGGCUUUCCAGACCUUUUCCGACCAGUCGCCUUCUUGUGCCCGGAAACCUGCGGAUGCAAAGCAUCUCUCUCGGGGUUUUGUCCGUCCAACUGCCUUUCCGAUGCCGUGCACGGCUCGACGAACUCGAGCAAUGCAUGA